CCGUCCAGGACAGUGCGGAAGGAGAUUCCGGGGCUGGGGUCUCAGAACCCGACUCGUGGUCCUGGCUGGAGAUGGAGUUCAACAGUGAGGGUCUGAGGCGAUUGCUUGGCAAGUACAAGUUCAGGGAUCUAACUGUGGAAGAACUGAAGAAUGUAAAUAUGUUUUUCCCACAUUUCAGAUAUUCCAUGGAUACCUAUGUUUUCAAAGAUAGUUCCCAGAAAAACCUGCUGAAUUUCACUGGCACUAUUCCUGUGAUGUAUCAGGGUAAUACAUAUAACAUACCAAUUCGUUUGUGGAUUUUGGAUUCUCACCCUUUUGCUCCCCCCAUUUGCUUCUUAAAGCCAACUGCAAAUAUGGGAAUCUCAGUUGGAAAACAUGUGGAUGCUCAAGGCAGAAUAUACUUGCCCUAUCUCCAAAACUGGAGCCAUCCUAAAUCUGUCAUUGUUGGAUUAAUUAAAGAAAUGAUUGCCAAGUUUCAAGAAGAACUUCCCCUGUAUUCUCUAUCAUCAUCUGAUGAGGCACAGCAGGUAGACUUGCUAGCCUAUAUUGCAAAAAUCACUGAAGGUGUCUCAGAUAUAAAUUCAAAGAACUGGGCAAAUCAUGAGAAUAAAACAGUCAAUAAAAUUACCGUGGUUGGCGGUGGAGAACUGGGAAUUGCCUGCACAUUAGCAAUUUCAGCAAAGGGCAUUGCAGACAGACUGGUCCUCUUAGACCUCUCAGAAGGAACUAAAGGAGUGAUAAUGGACCUUGACAUAUUCAACCUGCCUAAUGUGGAGAUCAGCAAAGAUUUGUCUGCCUCUGCUCAUUCCAAGGUGGUGAUCUUCACAGUCAACUCUCUGGGUAGUUCUCAGUCCUACCUCGAUGUGGUGCAGAGCAAUGUGGAUAUGUUCAGAGCCUUUGUUGCAGCUCUGGGACAUUAUAGUCCACAUGGCAUCCUGCUCGUUGCAUCUCAACCAGUGGAAAUCAUGACCUAUGUGACAUGGAAACUGAGUGCAUUUCCUGCAAAUCGAGUGAUUGGAAUUGGUUGCAAUCUGGAUUCACAGAGAUUACAAUAUAUUAUUACAAAUGUUUUGAAGGCACGGACUUCAGGAAGAGAAGUAUGGGUUAUUGGUGAGCAGGGAGAAGACAAAGUGCCCACAUGGGGUGGCCAAGAGGACGUAACGAGGCAUAACUCUCAGGUGCAGCUGUCCAACAGAGCCAUGGAACUGUUAAGGGUAAAAGGUCAAAGAUCCUGGUCUGUUGGACUGUCAGUAGCAGACCUGGUUGACAGUAUUGUGAAUGAUAAAAAGAAAGUGCAUUCUGUAUCAGUUUUAGCAAAGGGAUAUUAUGAUAUAAAUAGUGAAGUGUUUUUAAGUUUGCCUUGCAUCCUUGGAACCAGUGGAGUGUCUGAAGUCAUCAAGACCACAGUGAAAGAAGAUACAGUGACUGAGAAACUCCAAAGCAGCGCAUCAUCAAUACAUAGUCUCCAGCAACAGUUAAAACUUUGAUUCUAAAGUUCAGAGUUACUUGAAAGGAAAGGUCGCUUAAUUUUACCAACAUAUAUAUAGGGCUGAGAACUCUGUGUCUUAUUAUUUAUCCUUACAAACUGCUUGGUUAAGGUAGAUGGUUUCUUGGUUGGCUUUGUAAUAUGAAUCCUUAGGUAGUUAGAUAAGAAGGAAAAAAAUCUAAUUUUCUUUGUUGUUGAGAUAUCUAUACUGUUCUUUAAACCUACAGCAGAGAUAAAUAUUCAUCUGCAAUAUGCAUCAUUUUAAAAUUAUGUAUCCUCAAUUAGCACAUUCAGCACUUUGGGAAUACUUUGAAAAUGAUACACUUUUUUUUUUUCUUUUUUGCGGUACGCGGGCCUCUCACUGUUGUGGCCUCUCCCGUUGUGGAGCACAGGCUCCGGACGCGCAGGCUCAGCGGCCAUGGCUCCCGGGCCUAGUCGCUUCGCGGCAUGUGGGAUUCUCCCGGACCGGGGCACGAACCCGUAUCCCCUGCAUCGGCAGACGGACUCUCAACCACUGAGCCACCAGGGAAGCCCCGAAAAUGAUACAUUUUUAAGGCAAAUUACUCUUUGACUGUUAUAAUAACCAUGAUAAGCCGAAAGCCCAGUAUGGAUUUACAGAAUCUGUGCCAGCUAUACACUCAAAGGAUCCACAAUUUAAGCUAUUAAUGUUUCUUCUUUAAAAACAGUGGGUAGUAAUGAUAAUAAAGCAUUUUGUUUUCCCUCUUCAAAUUAAUUAGCUACCAAAAAAAUGGAGAAGAAUUUUACACGUACUUUAAAAUAGUAAAAAGGAAAAUGAAAUUUU